AUUGAUAUAAAUAUACUGUUGUACAGAAAAAUGGAUGUUUUGGUAACAGUGUAUUUUGUGUGUGUCCUUGCAAUUAUCAUUUUAUCAACUUUAUUAAAUGCAAUCUUAAUUUACAUAAUUAUUUACAAGAUCAAAGUGACCGAACUGCCGCACAUUUUUAUUAUAAGCAUAUCAAUAUCCGACGUAAUUCAUACCUUAGUUGGAUAUGUUGCGGAACUAUUCAUGUUAUAUGGAGUAUACUCUUUGAAAAAAAAUUUUGUUUGCAUCGGAGCAUCUUUUUUAACAGUAUUUAUUAUAGUUUCUAAUAUUUUACAAACUGUUAUAAUAUCAAUAAUGAGAGUAAUUGCAGUAAAAUGGCCCUUCUUUUACAUCAAGUAUUGUAAAACAAUAAAGAUGAAACUAAUAUUAUUGUUUUUUUGUUAUUUUUAUGGAUUGUUAUGGCCCACUUUUCCGUUAAUUGGAUGGUCAAAGUAUGAAGUGGAUUUAGAUAAAAAGCGAUGCUCAUUUGAUUGGAAUUUGACGCGUUUGGAUUCAUUAUCAUAUCUAAUAAUUUUAUUUUUAUUUUGCUACUUUAUACCUGUCAUUGCAUUGAUUUUUGCCUACGUUGCAAUAAAGAGAACAGUUGUCGAUAGCUCCACUGUUCGGAGAGCUCAGGUUGGUAAAAAUAGAAAUGUACUAGAAAUGGUUUACUUAAAGUUAGCAUUAUGGUCUGCCGUUUUUUACUUUGUAAUUUGGACUCCAUACGCAGGUGCCAGCUUACUUUCAGUUUUCAAAAUAAAAUCCCCAAGUGUUAUAUAUACCCUAUGCGCAUUGUUUUCUAAAUUAUCAGCAAUAUCAAAUGCGUUGACUAACUGCUAUUUCAACAAAUAUUUUAGAAAUCAUCUUAAAAAGAUCAAACUUUUUCAAUUCUUUAUAAAAAGAAACAGGAGAAGUAAUGAUAAUGUAAAGUUGUAGAAUUUUUCUGACAUCGAUUUAUUUAAGAUUACAUAUAUUGACUAGCUAAA